UUGCCUUGCUCCUGCUCCUGCUCCUGCUCCUGCUCCUGUGCGGGCGCUGCUGGCUGCGCAAAGAGUGUGCGCGCUGCGUGCGUCCAAGAAGGAGGCGUCGGCGACGGCGGCACACGACACGGGCAGGACGAUGUUGUUGUUGUCCUCGCGCUUCUGAAGAGACUCACUUCCAUUUAACAGCCUUCCACGCCGCUCUUCUCGCCCCCAAACUUGUUUGGUUUUGUUGUGGGAAUGUCGCGGUUGAUGCGCGCGCCGCGCGUCACCGCAGCCGCCCAGCGACGUCUGACGACGGGACGCGCUUGAGGAGCCGAGCGGAGUCCCCCGACUGAAAGUGCGCAGGGGCCACGCUCGCCUUUUAGGAGGACUUUUUCUUUGCUCCUCGGGGCUUGAGCAGGUCCCCCCGUGGGUGCAACGAGUGGACCAAGACGGGAUAGCUGACGAGACUUGAGUGGAAGAACAAGUCCGAGCAGCCGGGUGACCUACUUUCCUCCCGCUCUUCAUGGAUCUUCUCGUUUUUGUGGACACAAAGUGCAUUUUUGUCAGUUUUUACGCAGAAUAAAUCUGCGCGUCUUUUUUUUUUUUUUUUUUUUUAUCUCCCCCGCUGUGUUGAAUUGGAGGAUUUGCGCGCCACUCGUGGAUCUUUUAAUAUGCUAGAAUGAGUCCACUCGCGUUCAUCCUGCUGGCUGGAUUAUCGUGCUUUCAAGUUGAUGGAUCCCGUCUGCGCCAGGAGGACUCGCCGCCCCGGAUCGCCGAGCACCCCUCUGACCUGAUCGUGUCCAAGGGCGAGCCGGCCACCCUCAACUGCAAGGCGGAGGGCCGGCCCACGCCCAGCGUGGAGUGGUACAAGGACGGCGAGCGGGUGGAGACGGACAAGGACGACCCGCGCUCGCACCGCAUGCUGCUGCCCAGCGGCUCGCUCUUCUUCCUGCGCAUCGUGCACGGGAGGCGGAGCAAGCCCGACGAGGGCGCCUACGUCUGCGUGGCCCGCAACUACCUGGGCGAGGCCGUCAGCCGCAACGCCUCGCUGGAAGUGGCAUUGCUGCGUGACGACUUCCGGCAAAACCCGACCGACGUGGUGGUGGCGGCGGGCGAGCCGGCCAUCCUGGAGUGCGUUCCUCCCCGAGGUCACCCCGAGCCCACCAUCUACUGGAAGAAGGACAAAGUGCGCAUCGAGGACAAGGACGACAGAGUGACGAUCCGCGGAGGCAAGCUGAUGAUCUCCAACACCAAGAAAAGCGACGCCGGCAUGUACAUUUGCGUGGGCACCAACAUGGUGGGAGAACGGGACAGCGAGACGGCACAAGUCACCGUGUUUGAGCGACCCAGCUUCGUUCGCCGGCCCAUCAACCAAGUGGUGUUGGAGGACGAGACGGUGGAGUUCCGCUGCCAGGUGACCGGAGACCCCCAGCCCAACGUUCGCUGGAGGAAAGAUGACGUUGACGUCCCUCGUGGGAGGUACGAAAUCAAGUACGACAAGGACGACUACGUGCUGAGGGUGAGGAAAGCGUCCGUCGCCGACGAAGGCACCUUCAGCUGCACAGCGGAGAACCGCGUGGGCAAACUGGAGGCCUCCGCCACCCUCACCGUACGAGAAGGCCGUGUGGCUCCCCCGCAAUUCGUCAUCCGUCCGCGGGACCAGAUCGUGGCCCAGGGACGCAGCGCCGCCUUUCCGUGCGAGACCAAAGGCAACCCGCAGCCUGUCGUGUUCUGGCAGAAGGAAGGAAGUCAGAAUUUGAUGUUCCCCAACCAGCCACAGCAGCCCAACGGCCGCUUCUCGGUGUCGCCGAGCGGCGCCCUCACCAUCGCCUCGGUGCAGCGAGCCGACGCCGGCUACUACAUCUGCCAGGCGCUGACCGUGGCUGGCAGCAUCCUGGCCAAGGCGCAGUUGGAGGUCACCGACGUCCUGUCGGACAGACCGCCGCCCGUCAUCCGCCAGGGGCCCUCCAACCAGACUUUGGGGAUGGACAGCGUGGCCCUGCUCAAGUGCCAGGCGUCGGGGGACCCCAUCCCCUCGGUCAGCUGGCUCAAGGACGGCAUCAGUCUGCUGGGGAAAGACCCUCGCAUGUCCCUGCAGGAACUGGGCAGCUUGCAGAUCACCAACCUCAAGCUGUCCGACUCGGGGAUCUACACAUGCGUGGCCACCAGCUCCAGCGGAGAAACGUCAUGGAGCGCUUUUCUUGAGGUCAAAGAAGCUGGCGGCGUAUCUCUCCCAAAGCCCCACGGCGACGACGAGCUCCCGGGCCCGCCCUCCAAGCCGCAGGUGACCGACGUCACCAAGAGCAGCGUGUCGCUAUCCUGGCAGGCCGGGCUGGUGGGCGCGUCUCCCGUCAGCUCCUUUGUCAUCGAGGCCUUCAGCCAGUCGGUGAGCAACAGCUGGCAAACGGUGGCCGACCACGUGAAGACCACCCAGUUCACCGUCAAGGCUCUGCGGCCCAACACCAUCUACCUGUUCAUGGUUCGGGCGGUCAACAACCAUGGCGUGAGCGACCCGAGUCCCAUGUCCGAGCCUGUCAGAACGCAAGACAUCAGUCCUCCGGCUCAAGGCGUGGACCACCGACACGUGCAGAAAGAGCUGGGCGAGGUCAUCGUCCGCUUGCACAACCCUGUGGUGUUGAGUCCCACGGCCAUCCAGGUUACCUGGACGGUGGAUCGCCUGUCGCAGUUCAUCCAGGGCUACAGAGUUCUGUACAGGCAGACGUCAGGUCUGCCCUCGCCGGGACACUGGCAGACGCAGGACCUGAAGGUGCCGUCAGAGCGCAGCGCCCUCCUGUCUUCCCUGAAGAAGGGCAUUGUGUACGAGAUCAAGGCGCGGCCUUACUUCAACGACUUCCAAGGCACGGACAGCGAAUCCAAGACGGCGCGGACCACCGAGGAAGCCCCCAGCGCCCCGCCUCAGCAGGUUACCGUCCUCACCGUGGGAAACCAGAACAGCACUUCGAUCAGCAUCUCCUGGGAUCCCCCGCCGCCCGACCAUCAGAAUGGUAUCAUCCAAGAGUACAAGAUCUGGUGCCUCGCAAACGAGACGCGCUUCCACGUCAACAAGACGGUUGACGCCGCCAUUCGCUCGGUGGUGGUGGGCGGGCUGCAGGUGGGCGUGGUGUAUCGGGUGGAAGUGGCCGCCAGCACCAGCGCGGGGGUCGGAGUCAAGAGUGAGCCCCAGUCUAUCAUUAUUGGCAAGGCCUCUCAGGACGUGAUCAUCCACGGCAACCGCAACAACAGCAUCACCGAGCAGAUCACCGACGUGGUCAAGCAGCCUGCCUUCAUCGCCGGCAUCGGGGGCGCCUGCUGGGUCAUCCUCAUGGGCUUCAGCAUCUGGCUCUACUGGCGCAGGAAGAAGAGGAAGGGCCUGAGCAACUAUGCAGUUCAGUCCUUCACCUUCACCCCUGCAGUCACGUUCCAGAGAGUCGGCGGCGGCCUGAUGAGCAACGGGAGUCGGCCAGGCUUACUGAACGCCAGCGACCCGGGCUACCCCUGGUUGGCCGACUCCUGGCCCGCCACCAGCUUGCCUGUCAACAGCGGCUCCGGGGGACCCAAUGAUCUGGCCAACUAUGGCCGCGGAGAUAUCCCGAGCAACCAGGGGGACAAAACGGGGACCAUGCUGUCGGACGGCGCCAUUUACAGCAGCAUCGAUUUCACCACCAAAGGCAACUACGGCAGCCCGGGCCAGGCGUCGCAGGCCACCCCUUACGCCACCACGCAGAUCCUGCACUCGGGCAGUAUCCACGAGCUGGCCGUGGAGCUGCCCGAUGCCCAGUGGAAGGCUUCGCUCCAGGCCAAGCAGGAGAUGGCCAACUUAGGCUACUCGCUGCCCGACAAGAACUCCUGCAACAACACUUUUUUCAUUCCCGACUAUCGGCUGACCGACGGGCCGUCUAAUCGAAUUCCGCACAACCACUCGCAAGAUUUCAGCACCAGCAGCUCUCACAACAGCUCCGAGCGAAGCGGCAGCCUCUCAGGUGGUAAAGGAGGGAAGAAGAAGAAGACCAAGGCCGCUUCCAAAGGCGCCAAAGCCAACGGCUCCACUUGGGCCAAUGUUCCCUUGCCCCCACCCCCCAUCCACCCUCUUCCCGGCACCGACUUGGACCACUACCCCAACAAGCACCACGACGGAGGAGGGUACGAGAGCGACGGCUGGGGUCCGCCCAUGCCGGUGCAGACGUACCUCCACCAGGGCAUGGAGGACGAGCUGGAGGAAGAGGAGGAGCGCGUGCCCACCCCGCCCGUGCGCGGGCUGGCCUCCUCGCCGGCCGCCGUCUCCUUCGGCCAGCAGUCGACGGCCACGCUCACCCCGUCCCCCCGCGACGAGAUGCAGCCCAUGCUGCAGGCCCAUCUGGACGAGCUGACCCGAGCCUACCAGAUGGACGUGGCCAAGCAGACAUGGCACAUGCAAGUGGGCUCUCUCCCGCCCCAAGCUCCGGCGCCGCCGGUGGGCUACGUGUCAAGCACAAUGGUGUCCGACCUGGAGACGGACCUGGCGGACGAGGAGGAGGAAGACGAGGAGGAGGAAGACGAAGGCUACGGAGCCAGGCGGCCCCGAGGGAUGGAGCGCACGCCGGGUUCCAGCAUGGACAACCUGGACAGCUCGCUGACAGGCUCCAUGGCCAACGGCUGGGGCUCGGCCUCGGAGGACGAGCGCAAUUUCUCCAGCCGGCGCUCCAGCUCGGCCAGCUCGUCGGACGGCUCCAUCUUCACCCACUGCAGCUUCGCCCAGGCCCUGGUGGCCGCCGCCGACAAGGCGGGCUACCGGCUGGACGGCGGCGGCCUCAGCAAACGAGGCCGUUGCAAACGAGAUAAAGGCUCGUCCAACAGACACCGGCCCGGCAGCCCGUUCUCGACGGAUGGCAGCACGGUGGGAACGCAUAGCCUGGGCCACCAGAGAGCCGCCAGGCCGGCACGCAAAGCCCGGAACCAGGCCGCGGCGCCCCAGCGCAGAGAUGCCGCUGCAGACGACCUCCCUCCUCCUCCCGAGCCCCCGCCUGGCCAGAUCCAGGCCCGAGCCCAGACGGGCCGCUGCCUCAACAGCAUGAUUCCGCCUCCGGAGAGGAAGGCCACGUCCCUGGAGCGCCCGCCCAUUUCCGGCGCGGCCGACGACAGGCAGUUGUCGCGCGCCACCCUGGAGCAUCACCGCCUAGAGCGGCCGGGCCACAAAACCGAGGAGAGCUGCCCGCCGUACCACCGGCCGUCCUUCCCGUCGGCGAGCGGCCACAGCUCGUCGGGCACCACCUCCUCCAAGGGCUCGACGGGGCCCCGCAAGACAGACGGCCCCCGGCAGCCGCAGCAGUGGACGGCCAUGGAACACGCCGACUUCCUGGGCGCCAACGGGCAAGGGCAGUACUCAGGAGAGUUAUAGUGUCUCACAUGACUGAAAGAAGAAAAACCCAAUGGUGACGCUCACCCCCCUCAACCUUUGAAGGGCGACGACGUGCUCCCCUUCUUUGCGGCCGGACGGUCAGACAGACAGACAACGUUUUGGCUGGAGCGGUCACAGAUGAACAUGUUCCACGUACAAUGUACAGACACGGACAUAUUGGACAUCUCACUAUGCUUUUGGUCUUUGAGGAAAACUUUGACUCCGUAUGUGUAUGUGUGUGUGUCCGAAAGAGAGACACUUGUGGUGAGCGCUCUUUUUUUAAAAUCUCUAAUUUCCUUGUAAAUAUCUUCUUUCAACUUGCUGUUGCUAUGCAAGCCUCCAACCAUUUUUUUUUAUUAUUAUUAUUUAGUUUGUCCUUGUACAAUAUGUGAAAGGUGUGGCUGCUGUGCCAUAAAAUUGUCAUUUUUAUUUUUUUUUUCAAAACAAUCUGCUAAUGGUUGCCAUUAAUUAUUGUAAUUAUUAUUAUGGUUAAUUAUUGUUUUUUGCACUGCAACGUUUUGGUGAUAAGCACAAUAAAAAAGACCAUAGCUCCUGCUGACAUGAAGAAAAAGUAGAUGUGAAGAGGAGUUCCUGUACUGUAAAGAGAAGAAGAGAAUUAUAUAGAGAGAAAUGUACAGAGAUGUUUUGUUUAAAAAAAAAAAAGAAAAAAAUGGCAAGCCAGCCGGGAAGCUCAGAGAGGAAACUGUCACUUUAAGGCGAGCAAUUACUCAUUUGGGGGGGGUCUUUCUUUUUUUUUUUUUUUUUUUUAACUCUGUUCUGAAUGAUUUGACCACACCGAGGUGAUGUUUCAGCACUUAAGUAAAUGUGGAGCAUCCCCAAUUGUUUACAUAUUGAUUUUUAUCUUUUGAAUGAAUCUUCUUUUGAGGAGCAAGUUACUGCUUUGCUCCUCAGUUGAUGUUCAAGCGCCCUCAUUGGAGCUUUAACAAGAUUUUGUCUGAAAUCCUAAUGGACAUUAGCACACGUGACACACACAUACAUACGUACACGCACAGCUGUUUAUCGACUACUAAAUGCUAUUUCUUUAUAAUUGUAUCUAUCCUGGAAGAUUCAUAUUGAUGAUUUUCAGGGGUGAUUUUUUUUUUUUAUUACAAGAAGUCGCAAAUACAUUUGUUAAAUUGGGAUGAUAAUUGAAAAUGACAGAUGUUUACAAGGUGUCUUCAAUGACUAAAAUUUAAAAAGUACUUUACAACAAAAUGCUGCAAUUCUCAGACAAUAAAAGACGUGUAAAAAAUACGCAAUGAGGAUGACACUUGCGCGCGCAUCCAAAACAUCAGACAAUGUCAUCCUUUGUUUGAUUCUUUGCCUUUGACCAAAACUCUGCUGCUCUUCAGUAUUUUUGUGCUUGGAUAAUGUUUUUUGUUUUUUGAGGUUGUUGUGAUGGUAUUUCAUCUUUUGAGUCCGCACAGUGGCCAGUGUUUCUGGAAAUGAGGUGCACGAGAGUAUCUCAGGUUCUUUUUCAUUCUGCUGGUGUCCAUGUAUAUAUACGUGUAUAUUUAUGUAUGUAUACAUAAACGUUUUAUCCACAUGCGGUCCCCCCACAUUCUGACAAAGACCAAAUUUUUAACGUCCAAUAAUCGUGUUUCUCCUUUUACGUUGACACCACGGCCUCCUUUUGUAUUUAUUAAAAAAUGAUAAGUCUAACGUGGAAUAUGCAUAACAAUUUGUGGUGUACGAAAUGUGUUUUUGUUUUAUUUGUAAAGUUGCUAUGAGGUAUGAGUUGGUAUGAGGUGGCUACGGUGCGCAGGAGGAGCCUAAAUUCUUUUUCUUUCAAAGUUGUUGCUUCUUUGUAGCCUUUUGUGUGUGUUGCCUUUUUCUUAAUUAAAAAAAAAAAUCAGAAAAGGAAAAAAAAAAUGCAAGCUAAAAGAAGUGGUCGGGGGAAAUCCUUGUGUCCGGUCCCGAUCAGCCGUCUUUCCUACAGUCGCUUCAUUUGCUUUGUAAGUCACGUCCUCUUCCACAUCCUCCUUUGAAUUCACUUGCAUGUCCUCCUCGUCCCCAAAAAGAGAACUGACGGCCGUGCACAUCUCACUGUCCUCCUUCCUGUAGGAUAAAAAUGAAUCCAUGUUCUUUUGGUUUCCCUUGUACCCGCCUCAAUAUCAAAUAAAAAUAUUUUUGAAAAUCAA